AGAUCUGAUACCCAGAUACUGAAGAAUGCAUGAAAAUCCACAGAAAUGGAAACCAGUGUCUGUCAUCCUAAAUACCUUACAGUUAACUGCAUUGUGUAUCACUGGAUGGAAAUUUAGUGAUCAUGAACAAGGGCUUUCUUUCUCAGGUACAGGAGGUAAAGAGUUGAUAAAGAUUUUCGUCAUUCUAUUGUUAAUUUGUCAACUUUCACAAGUAACUGCGUGCGAUAAAUGGGAGUAGUAUGACCAUAAUGGUACCUGCUGCCCAUUGUGUUCAGCCGGGCGUGUAGUCUUUGAACACUGCACUGUUCAGACAAGCACCGCAUGUAAGCCAUGUCCACCUGGAGAAUAUAUUGAACAUCAAAAUGGGCUUGAAACAUGUUUUAAGUGCAAGUCCUGUGAUCGAGAUUUGGGGCUUCAAAUUAAGCAAAAUUGUACUUCAACUAACAAUACGAUAUGCGAACCCAGAGAAGGGUAUCACUGCAAUGGAACAAACUGUCAGCUGGAUGAAAUGCAUAAAACAUGUCCAACAGGCCAUGGAGUUAAAGAGGAAGGAACACAGUUAAAUGACACUGUGUGUGAGAAGUGUCCUGCGGGAACGUUUUCAAGUCAUAAAUCAUCAACUGAAGCUUGUAAAAAUUGGACAGUAUGUGAAAAGCUCAAUCUACAACUGGUUGAAAAUGGAACCAGUGAAGCUGAUGUAAAGUGUGCAGAAAAUUCCAAUUUAAAAGUUAUCAUUCCAGUUAUCGCAAUUGUGGUUAUCGUUUUGAUUUUAAUUGUGGCAGUUGGUUUCUGGAGGCAUCCUGGACUCAGACCAUGUUUCAUUAAAAUACGAGAGAAUGGGAUUGGUAGGGGUGACAGACCAUCUCCAAUUUGGAAUAACAUCAAUGGGCAUCCAUCUGAUUCAACAACAAUACCUCUAAGAAGCAACGAGCAGCCUUAGUGCAAAGAGAUUGAAAUUACCAAGAGUACCUGAAACAGAAGACUAUUCCAGUCCAGCACCAAGAAGCUCAAAUGUUCUCAUCCUCUGAACAGUUCAGGCUUCACCUUAUUUACAUAUUCUUUACAGAAGACACUGCUCCUCUGUAUAUCAUCUUCAAACCCUCAGUCGUCAAAUGACCAGCAGCUGAAGAAUAAAAGACUUGAAAUGAAAAGAGAAAUUUGAUUUUGAGAGAAAACUUGUCGACAAUAUCAGUAAGAGUUUCUAUGGAUAUAUGAAAAGGAAAUGGAUGGCUUAAGCGUGGGACCUCCAGAGAAUGAUGUUGCUGACUUAAUAACGCGGUUAGGGAGCCUACUCUUGCCCAUUUUUUGUACUUAUACUCGCUGAUAGUGACCGGAAAAAACAGUUGGUCGAACUAGUUGCCAAAUAAUAGUCUCCCUUUGAUUCUGAUGGGGAGGAGUGAGUGUUGUUCCUGAAAUGUCAGAACUGCAGCCUCAAGAGGCGAAGUGGAAGUGUUUAAUGUGAUGUCCUUGACUGCUGAUGAAUCAUCACUUUCCAGGAAGUGCUAGUGGCUGAGAUCCACCUGCAAGAGUGAUGGGAGGCUAUGAGAGUCCAGUAGACCCUCUACUUCACCUUUACCAUCGAGACCAUCUUGCUUUUCAAAGGAUGUAGCCCAUUCAGUACACAGUGAUAUUGUCCAUUCCAAAAAUGAAUUGUAACAGUCGAUGAUUUAAUGUCUAAAGGUGCUAACUAUAUUGUACAUAUUUUUCUCACUAUUCUAUGAAAUACAUUUUAACCCAAUGAGGAUAAGUAUCCUGGGAGUCUUAGCUAUCUUCUGCACCUCUGCUGCUUAAUACAGGGGUCUAUAGGCAUGGGCAUCAUGUGCUCUACAGGGCUCUCGCUUAACUUUUUUUCCCUGUUGCCAGCCAGGCAACCUUGGCAGCUUUUUAGUUUGCCAAAUGACAGUUUAGGUGGUCAUUUAAGAUGGCUUGCAUGACACGCGAUAAUGUGCUCGGAUAAAGCACGUAGUUACCAGUCGGAAUUAUACUCAAUGAAGCAUUCACAUAUUAUUUCUGCUUCAAAUAAAGUCACAAACUAAACAUUCACCAAUCAAGACAUGAUAUAUCCCACAAUGCCAUGCAGCAAAAUUAUAAGUCAGUAUCUCAACUCUUUUUACACAUUGCAGUUAAUGCAAUUUCUAUUAGUUCUUUCCACUUCCAAACAGGAUUAUUUGGAUUAUUCAGCGUAUGAUCAACCUGUGUCAAUAAAUCCUGGACCAUGGUAACAUAUAUGCAUACGUAUAGUUGUGAAUGUUGCUCAUUAAAUAACUACAGUA